AUUACACUCUGAUCCCCUCAAUACUCUGUCUCCCUCUGCUGGCAUAUUUAUAUAGUACAAUAGUCUUCAAUGAAUGGUAAUAAUUUUGCAUUGAGGAAGAGCAGAAUAUGUAUUUAUAUCUAAUCUCCUCAAUCAUGAUCAUCUGCCUUCAAGUUUUUUUUCUGUCAGUGUUUUUUCAGUGUUUUCUUCUGUCAGGGUGAAGGCAACAAGCAGCUAUUGAAAAAGCCUAAAGUAGCAGGGUUAUUAAAUAUUAGAGGUGCGGAGUCAUACAUUUGAUGAAUUUUAACUCAACUUGACAAAAUUAGUAAAGACUUGUAACAUCGACCUCUGACUUCACUUUGACUUGAGCCUUUUUACUUGAAAAUACUUGAUAACUUCUUAAAAGUAUGUUAUUCAAAAAGUGUGCCACAAAUCAAUUUGACUCCUGAAUCAGCUAACAUUAAUGCUAUUUAUUCCCAGGAAGUCAACACUUAAUUCUAGAGAUCUACUUUGUUUGAACCAGUCUGACAGCAUCCAAUUGGGUCGCUGGAGAGAACCAUAAAGAACUAAGAGAUAAAAUAAAACUACAAUCAAGACAAUAAAUGAGAAUUAAAUAAGAUAGCAAUAAAACAGACAGCUCAGAUAAAAUCAGGAUACGGUUCCCGAUAGAAGUACAUUUUUAGGAGAGACUUAAAUAAUGACAGUGACUCAGACUGCCUUAUAUCCUUGGGCAGGUCGUUCCCCAGCCUCAGGGCCCUGAUUUCAAAAGCUCUGUCUCCUUUAGUCUUCAGUUUGGACUCUGGAAUAAACAAAAGACCUCUGCCCAAAGAUCUGAAACUACGCAAAGGUUCAUGAGAGAUUGAAAGGUCUGAAAUGUAAUCUGGAGCCAGGAGCCUUAAGUAAUCAAUAAGAUUUUAAAAUCAAUCCUGAAACAGACAGGGAGCCGAUGUAAAGGGGCUAAAACCAGUGUGGUGUGAUUGGACUUCCUGGCUCUUGUUAAAAGCCUAGCGACUGAGAUUUAAUACAUUAUUAGUCUGUUUUUGAAAUGGCAUUACAUAUGGUGAGCACAUUAUGGCAUGUUUUGAACUUGAAACUUGAAAUUUAGGACUUGGGACUUGACUUCAGCUUUGUUGGUCUUGACUUCACUUGAGACUUACUUUAGACUUGCAAAACAAUGACAUGGUCCCACCUCUAUUAAAUUUUGAAACAGUUUUCUUAGAGCAUUUCUGAUACAUCUGCUUGUUUUAACGUACUAAAACAAAAGCCCAGACUUAAUAAAGUACACCAACCAUCUUAAGUGUUUGAUUGGUUGCAAGUUGAAGAGACAUUUUAAUCUACUUUUCAGCUUGACCUUGACAGAAGUAUGAUAUAAUAAUCCUAUGUCUAUCAAUUUUAACGCUCUCUCCAAUUUUCUUCAAGUCUAUGCCAUGGAAAUCAACCCUCCGUGUGGUGAACAUUUAUAUGACGAGGAUGGAAAGAAACUGCCUCCAUGUAUCCCUGGCGCCUGGCUCACACCUGCCAUCAUGGCCUGUUACCUUCUCGUGGCAAACAUUCUGCUGGUCAACUUGCUCAUCGCAGUGUUCAACAACACCUUCUUUGAAGUCAAGUCCAUUUCCAACCAGGUGUGGAAGUUCCAGAGAUAUCAGCUGAUCAUGACAUUCCACGACCGUCCCAUCCUGCCGCCACCUCUCAUCAUCUUCAGCCACCUCUACAUCCUCUUCAACAGGCUGUUUCGGCGGUGCGCCAGGAAGAGACAAGAAGGAGAGCUGGAUGAGAAGGACCGCGGACUCAAGCUUAGGCUGAAUCCAGAGGAGCUAAAGAACUUGUACGAAUUUGAAGAACAGUGCGUGGAGGAAUAUUUCCGUGAAAAAGAGGACGAGCAGCAAUCCUCCAGUGACGAACGCAUCAAGGUUACCUCAGAGAGGGUUGAGAAUAUGUCCAUGCGUCUGGAGGAGGUCAAUGAGAGAGAGAACACAAUGAAGGCCUCCCUGCAGACGGUGGAUCUGCGCCUGGCACAGCUGGAGGAGAUCCAUGGACGAAUGGCAGUUGCCCUGGAAAAGCUUGCAGGGGUGGACAGACUGGAGCUGACCAGAACCUAUUCACGAAACUCCUCUGUGUGUGACCCCUCGUCCCUACUUCGCCAGGGCAGUAUCAACAGCGCUGAUGGUUACAGUCUUUACCGCUUCCACAUGGACAUGGAGGAGUUUGCAUCGAAGCAGAAGGACCCAGAUGAGACACCUAAAACUAGUGUAGAAAGACAGAGGAGUCUGCGGCAAGCCUCCAGUGUUUGCACUCUCAACCCAAAGGACGGAGGUCAGACCCUAGAGGUCGGUGGUUUGGACAGAUCGCGACCGAGUUCAUGUGUGGACAUUCUCAUAUCUCCGUGUGAACAAAAGCCUGCUUCUGCAGCAUCAAGUCAAGAGACCAUAUCCAACAUAAGACAAGGCAGCACAGUGCUGCUAAAUAGACUGUCAGAUAAGGAUAGACUAAAGCCAUCGUCCCCACCAAAAAGGACUAAAUCCUUGAAAUACUUCCCUGUGGAAGACCAACCCAGCUCUCCUUUGUCAAAGAGGAGGGCCAUGAGCACCAUCAUAGUCAGCCCACCUGAUGAACCAGAGGAAGCAGAUGAACUCACAAAGGGCCAACUUCCGCCAGGAAACCCCUCCUCCCCAAAGAGGACUAAAUCACUGAGAUACAUCCCUACUGAAAUCCAAAGCCAGACGUCCCCUAUCACGAAGAAGAGAGCUAUGAGCAGCAUCAUCUACAACCCAGCUGAGGCAGGCGAUGAUGUGCAAACUGCAGACUACAGGUCGGUAGUGGAGCAGAUCACUAAGGCGCCUAAUCAGUGGCCGGCGAACUUGGAGUACCAGGUGCACCCGAGCAGUGUUGGUCACAUGCCCAAGGUGUCAACAGUGAGAGCUCUCACCCAGCAGUUUCAGGCUACAGAGAUAAAAAAAGAGGAGAAUCAGACUGAUCAUAUAGAAAGUAAGGGAGCUCUUCCAGAAGCAGAGCCCACCGCAGAACAAACAAAGAUAAAGGCCAAGAGAAACCUCUCAGACACUACCAUGUAUCUGACUGUAAGCGAUGAGAAGUAUUUGCCGUCUCAUAGGUCACAGAGCUUUAAUGCCAGCGAGAGGAAAGCAAAGGGCCCGGUGGUUAGCAAGGAGCCGAGAGCCUCCAGCAGCGAGAGAGACCUUCUUCAAGCCUGCAGGGCGGCAGGGGAAGAUGUGGGGAAGAAGAUGGAGGCAAAGAAAGAAGAUGAUGCAUAGGAGAAG